GCAAGAGUAUGGAGAUAAGUGUGGAUAUGAAUCUCAGAGAACUUCUAGUACAAUCCAGUUCAUGGUCACUACUGAUGCGGACGGAUACUGGAGAACGUAUAUCCCUGCCUGGUCCAUGAAGUUCUAUGCGGAGGAGUCCACCUACUAUCUCUGUGUCCAGGAUCCAACUUCGGGGGAAUUCGUUCAUCAAGGGGAAAAUAAAUUUUUGCAGAUUGAAGUUUACUCUCGGCUGCUCCCAAUUUGGUUAAGUAUUGUAUUACUUGUUAUUCUCCUGUUUCUAUCUGGUUUGUUCUCUGGUCUUAACCUUGGUCUCAUGUCCUUGGAUCAAACAGAAUUAAGAAUUGUGCAGAGUACUGGAUCUGAUAAAGAGAAAGCCUAUGCUAAGGCAAUCAUGCCAAUCCGAGGUAUGGGAAACUUCCUGCUUUGUUCAAUCCUUCUUGGCAACGUUCUUGUCAACAACACCCUGACAGUCCUCCUCGAUACUCUCACCGGCGGUGGCGGGGUCGUCGCCGUUAUCGGUGCAACCCUAGGUAUCGUCAUAUUCGGUGAAAUCAUUCCGCAGGCGGUCUGCUCGCGGCAUGGACUCGCUGUUGGGGCGAAUACGAUUUGGUUGACGAAGUUCUUUAUGUUGGUGACCUCGCCCCUGUCCUUCCCCAUCUCGAUGAUCCUGGACAAGAUCCUGGGGGCGGAGAUUGGGACGGUCUACAACAGAGAGAGAUUAAUGGAGCUCAUCAAGGUAACGGACGCGUACACUGACUUGGAGAAGGACGAGGUGAACAUCGUCACCGGAGCACUCGUCCUGAAGCGGAAGACGGUGAAGGAUGUAAUGACGAGAUUGGACGACUGUUAUAUGCUGCCUCUAGACACCAUACUUAACUUUGAGACGGUUUCCGAGAUCAAGGAGCAGGGGUACAGUAGGAUCCCCGUCUACGAGGGGGACAGGACCAACGUCAUCCACAUACUCUUUGCCAAGGACUUGUUGUUUAUCGACCCCGAAGAUAAUAAACCUCUAGAGGAAAUCUGUAAAUUCUACAAGAACGAUGUUAAUUUUGUUUAUCAGGACACUAUACUGACGGACAUGUUUGACGAGUUUAAGUCCGGGGACAAGGGGCACAUGGCCCUCGUCCAGGAGGCAAAUACCGAGGGGGACGGGGACCCAUACUACGAGACUAUUGGCCUCCUCACCCUCGAGGACAUCAUCGAGGAGAUUAUCCAGCAGGAGAUCAACGACGAGACCGACGUUGUCCUGGACAAUAAGACGAAAAAGAAGAGGAAGAAGGAAAGGAAGACGACCAAGGACGCGGAUUUCAGAAUGUUCCUGGAGUGUAAGAAUCGUCGGGUGACGAUCACACCUCAUCUAUCCCUGGCGAUCCUUCAGUUCCUUACUACUUCAGUUAAGGCGUUCAGUGGUGAGGUGAUCAGUGCCAGGAUCCUGCAGAAGCUCUUGAGUAUGGACGUGUACAGGCAGAUCAAGCUCAAGAAGAAGAACGAGGAUAAGAAGGAGAAGAUGGUUGAGAAGGUGGAGAAGGAAGAGGGGAUAAUUAUGACGAAAGGGAAACCUUGCGACUUUUUUGUUUUAAUUCUCGAGGGCCGCGUUCAAGUCACCAUUGGUAAAGAAGAUCAUAAGUUUAUAGAAGGUCCCUUCACAACAUUCUGUGAACAAAUGCUGGAACAGGCCAUGCAAAUGCCCUCGUCUCCAAUGGUUCCUGAUCCUGUGCGGGGAACAAGUCAAAGUCCUUCAAUGCCCUCUGCUGUUAAUGAAAUAGCCUCCGGGAAAACACUGAAGAAGACAAGUACUCAGGUUCUAAUAUUGUAUAGGAAAGCCACCUAUAUGGUUGCACUGAAGGGUAAUAUUGUAUAG